AUGGCAUGUGGGCGACGAUGGCGCCUUUGGGCCAUACCGCUGCUCUUCAUCAGGGUGGCAGGUCAGGGUCAACCGAUGACAGAGUCGCAAGUACCUGCUGGUUUGCGUGAGUGGAUUGGACUCGACUUCUGCGGAGAGGAGCGUUGGGUUCAGUUCCAUGGCACUCUGAGCGGCGUGGUCCGCCAUUUCAACAGUCGCGACUUUGCCACGGCCCUACGUGGUCUUGGAGAGCUGUUGGCAGAGACGGCACGCAGCACCCAGGCUGCCUUUGGCUGCGCCACCGCAGUCAUGUCAGCCUUAGCAUUAGCGGCGCAGUGCUGCGAUCACCUGCAGUUGCCAGUGCUUGCGACCAGGUUCCGUCAGCUUUCUGCCAUCUUCGGCUCGUAUGACUACCAGAUGAAGGGCGAGGACUACAUUGAUCAAAGCCCGUGGCCAAUCAACUGGAAGCAGAACAUGGAAGGAAUUCUCCGUUCCAUGGCUUUCCUGAAGCAGCAGGAGCUGCAGUUAGAGCCCUGGCGGGGCCUCGCUGCUCGCAGCGCUGCGCAGCAGUUUCCAACUCGGGAUGAUGCACAACGAAUCGCGAUAGUCACGGUGUGUGACUACGAUCCGACGCAGACGCCCUUGGCACGGCUUUCCAAGCUGAACAGAGAUGCGUAUGCCAAGCUGCAUGGCUAUGACAUUGUCAUGUACGACAAAGCUCCACUCUUCACAGACGGGCUCACCUACCUGACUGAGAAGACACGACCACCAGCAUGGUCCAAGGUGGAUGCUCUUCUGGAAACCUUGGCAAAGGGCCAGCACGACUGGGUGAUGUGGUUGGAUUGUGACUCCUUCUUCAUGGACACAGAGGUGCGGCUGGAGGAUAUCCUUGGCAUAGCACAAAGCAGGUGUCCCAAAGAUCCUGGAGAUGGAGAAAGAUUAAAAGAGUUGGUGCGGAAGUGGAAAGCAGGACCGCAGCAGGCUCCAGAUGAUUUGCUCGAGUGGUAUGACAAUCUGCUGGACAGCUAUGUCUCCUGGGACGAUAGCUGUGAAUCUCUGGAACCCCCAGCAGAUGCGCCAAGCAAUCGCACCUUAGGCUGGUCCGACUGGCUCUUCAAAGAGCGGCGGGUGCAGCUGGUAGCUUCGGAGGAUGGCUUGAUGCUGAACACUGGCGUCAUGCUGGCCAGAGCAUCUGUUUGGUCGUGGGCCUUCUUCCAGAAGGUGCGAUGGAUGACGUUUGGACGAAGUCCGGUGACGCAGCAUCCCUGGUGGGAGCAGACAGCAAUGGUCUACUUGCUGCAGUUCCCAUUCGUCUUGGCGGCUGCCAGCGACCCCGCCGUGGCCGCAAAGAGUCAGGGAUAUGCAACGGCCUGGAGUCCGCUGGGUCAGAAGACCAUCAAUGGAUAUCCACCGCUAGUAUCAUCAGCGCUGCUGACCCACACCACCUUCGAGCCGGGAGAUUUCAUCGUUUCUUUCUCUGGCUGCAAAAUCUACUCCUCCCAGGAGGUCUGCAACCAGCUGUUCUUGAAUUACUUCUUUCAGGUACAUAGCCUGCCAGCGCUGGCAGAUGAUCCUGCUUUGCAGCCAUGGCUGUAA